AUGGUCAAGAAGGGCAGAGAACAACGAAGUGACCAAAACACCCUCCAUAGUAGAGAGAGAAAAGCCUGUCGAAUAGAACAAAAAGUUAAAUCUUCGCAACAAAUGGGGAGGAAUUAUCAGCACAGGCUCAAAUUAUUUUUCCUGGUGACAAUUUUUGUAUCAAAGAUGGGGUCUUUUUCUAUUUCUGGUGCCAAGAAUGAUGAGACAGGCACAUGGGCGGGGUCCAAGUACCAGAUUGACUGCACAAUGUGCUCUGCCUGCGACAAUCCCUGCAAUACCCCGUCGCCGCCGACGCCGUCCUCACCUCCUCCGCCGUCCUCCGGCUCCGGCAGCUACUACGGCCCACCACCGCCGCAGACGCCAUUCUCGUACUACCAGCCGCCGCCAGCACCCGGCUUCCACGGCGGCGGCGGAGGAACCUACUUCAACCCGCCGCAGAUGGUCCCAGCGGGACCAGCGCCGCCGCCGCCGAACCCAAUCGUGCCUUACUUUCCCUUUUACUAUCACAACCCCCCACCGUCUCCAUCAUCCGAUUCAUCCAUACCAUUGAAGAAAGCUAAAGCCUUUAAUUUCAUAGCUGUUGCUCUGCUUUUCUCCAUUUUUAUUAUCUUUAAUUGAUUUAUAGUUUUUAUCUUUUAUUCUUUUUCCGCUUUAGCUGAAGAAAAAAAAAAAAAAAUGGAAGAAUGUCAAAAUAAAAAUGUCAGAUUCACAGAUCUCAAGCUUUGCUGAUGAAAGGAGGAUCAAACAGAACAACGAGGGUUUGCGAGGCUUUGGGGCAAAAUUUGGCGAAUUUCCAGUAAUGCCCUUCAUCUGCAAACUGGAUCGGAAGAAUUCUGGAGGGCUUUUCUGGAAGUGCAGAACUGAAGACAUGACUCUGUUAUUCAGUGAAGUUAUCUGUAAAUUCUUGAGUUUUAAUUUAGGUCUAAUUUAUAUUAUUUCUCUUGUCAUCUUAUUUUUGUUUCACCAAAUUUACAGGGGGUUGUAACGAAAUCAGCAUAAAUCUACAAAUUUCCAAUUGUUUUUGCCUUCACAUAUUUCUUCAUGAAAUAUUGUUUACAUUCUAUGAAUAAUGUGAUCUUGAUACUUGAAUAAUUUGUCAGAAACUCGAGUAACAUCAAGUAAUCAUUUUACGGGG